AUGGCCCAGAGCGUGGUCUAUGCCGACCUGAAGUUUGCCACGGCUCCCCAGCUCCCUGCCCCCGCCGGCCCCACAGCCCCCGAUGAGGAUGACAGCCCCUAUGAGAACGUGCCGCUGGGGCCAGUGCCCGUGGAGCCCACUCCAGACUGGCAGGUCACCCGCAGCCUGCAGAACACCUCCCGUGAGCAUGAGGCCGAGCAGGGCCGCCUCUCACAGGAGGUGAGCACACGGCAGGAGAGCCUGGAGCAGACACGGAUGGAGCUGGCGUUGGCCAGAGCGGAGCUGCAGCGAGCGUGGCAAGAGGGCAACAGCAGCCAGCUGGAGCUGGAGAGCCUGCAGAAGAAGAUGCAGGAGGUGCAGGCGAAGCUCAUCAGCAGCGAGAGCACAGUGAGCAGCCUGCGUGCCUGUGUGAACACAGAGUGCUGCCCCUUGGGCUGGGUGCUCUACAAGAACGUCUGCCUCUUUAUCUCGGGGGAGAAGAAGAGCUGUCAGCAAAGCUGUCAAGACUGCAGAGAUAAAGGUGCUCGGCUGCUGGUCCAAGGCAAAUGGAACUCAUGGAACAUGCCGGAUAUUAUGAAAGGAUCUAGUGCCCUUUACUGGAUUGGAACAAAAAUUCCUUCUGACAUCAAGUGGUGUCACUCUAGUGGAGCAAUGUGUGAGCUGCUAACAACUAACAGGAAAGCAGACAAUUAUAAAUGGAAGCUGUACCAGUGGAUCUGCGAGAAACCCCCAGAGUUGACCACCGCAUCCAAGAGCCUUCGUCCUCUCCUGGACAAGGCCUGA